ACGCGGCCGAUGCGCGCGGCGCGUCAGUCGCUCACACGCGCCGACCCGAGCGGUCGCCUUUUCUGUCGCAAUCGCGCCAAAUUUCAACACGACAUUACGGAUUUGUUUUUAUAUUUACGAUCAGUGAUAAAUCGAUAUUGAAUGAAAAAUAUUCGGUGAUGUGUGUUUCGAGCUAUUUGUAAACGUGCGGUGAUUUUUUGGAAGCGGGCUGCCUGUGAUCGGUUUUCGGGAAAAUUGUUUUCCUCGGAGGACGGCGUCUUUGGGCGCUGCGCGGCGGCGGAGUAGCGGCGGUGGCGGUUCGGUGGAUGGUGCGGGGCGGGCGAGGGCGCGGGCGGGCGCCGGGGCGCGGCCGGCGGCGCCGCUAGCAAAAUGUCGAUACCCCUGGGCCGGGACACCGCGCUACCAACGCAGUGCAUGGCGCGAGCACUCUACGACAACAUAGCGGAGUCGCCGGACGAGCUGGCGUUCCGGCGCGGCGACCUGCUCACUGUGCUGGAGCAGAACACUGGUGGCAGUGAGGGCUGGUGGCUAUGCUCGCUGCGAGGCAGACAGGGCAUAUGUCCGGGCAACAGACUGCGGAUCGUGGCGGGCGUGUUCGAGGCAGGCGCGGUGACGCAGCGACGCCGCACGCGCACGCCUGCGGCCGCACCGAAUACCACGCCCGCACCCGUCGCGCACCAGCCCCUGCCCGCACACCACUCACCAGCUUUCACUAAAAUAGAAGAAUGUUCACACUACGACGUGCCGCGUGCACCUCUACCAGUAAGCCGGGGUACAUACGACUGUCCUCGGCCACUCGGGGACUGGUACGACGCGCCGCGAGCUCCGCGACCCGCCAGUGCGGAUUCCGCAUGUAGUGGCACUGGCUCCCUUACCUCUGCCACCUCAAGCGCAUCCGCAAACUCCGCGAACUCAGCAAACUCCGCGCACUCCGCGAACUCCGCACACUCCGCCGCCUCUACCUCCAGCACAUACGACGUGCCCCGCUCACGGGCAUUACCACUGCCUUGUGAUGCAGCAUUAGAAGCUUUAGAGAGGUUACAGGAGGAGGCGUCGGCGGCGGUGUCGCGGCUUCUGUCGCACGUGUCUCCGGGCUGGCGGCGGCGGGGCGCGCUGAGGCCGCGCGUGCUCGACGUGCGCGUGGCGGGCGCCCGGCUGCGCGCCGCGCUGCACGACCUCGCCGUAUUCGCGGACGCCACGCUCGCCAACGCACACGAUGCACAAGACAAAGGUAUCGCAGUAAAGCUACGUCCGCUAGUAAAGGCGUUGAAGGACGCGGAGCGGAUCACGCACGAGGCGACGAGCGCGCUGGACGCGGGCGACUGGGCGCCGGAGCGACUGGAGCGGGACCGCGAGCCCACCGACGGCUCGCAGGACGCGCUCGACCAGCUGGUAGCCUGCGCACGCUCGCUCACCGAGGACGUCCGCCGCGCCGCAUCAUUUAUACAUGGCAAUGCUUCCCUACUCUUUAGGCGGUCAUUGGCACCGGAGCACGAAUGGACGGAGGAAUACGACUACGUGCGGCUGGAGUCGCGCGCGGCCGCCACGCGCCGCCACGCGGAGAUACGCGCCGCGCUACCUGACAAGCUAAGAGCCUCGUUUGAUGCCCUGCUGCGGGACGCCGACCACGCCGGAGAGGUGAGCGCAGUGGCGGCUGCAACCCUCCUGCCACCGGACGACCGGCAGCUGGCGGCGUUCUACGCGGCACAGACGGCCACGUACGGCGCGCACCUCGCCAACGCCGUCGACGCCUUCCUGCGCACAAUUGAAAUGGGCCAGCCGCCCGACGUCUUCCUCGCGCAUGGCAAGUUCGUCGUACUCAGCGCGCACAGGAUAGUUCAUGUUGGGGAUAUUGUACACAGGAGCGCUCAACACGUUGGUCUAAAAUCUCAAGCGUUACGAUGCUCAGACGCAUUAUCUGAUGCGCUAGCGGUGACCGUGGCGAAGACAAAAGCGGCGGCGCAGCAGUUCCCGUGCGCGAGCGCAGUCGCCGAGAUGGCGGAAGCGGCGCGGACGUUGGCUGCGCGCGCGCAGGACUUGCGGCGCGCGUUGUGCCGGGCCGCCGAGCCCCCCGCACUCUCGCCCUCCACACCCGCCACCACCGUGCCCCCCUCCGCACCCACCUCCGCGCCCGCCACGCCCCUCACACCGCUAGCCCCCGCCCUGCCCGCACUACACAUAUAACGCGACUAAAAGCCUUUGAUUUUUUUUAUUACAUUUCGUGAGUUCGUUUCGUGUGAGUACUAGACUACUCAUCUUAAGAUACUAAAGUGAAAUUAAACGGUACUUCGGAAGAAACUGUACCAAUGAAGUGAUAGUUGAUGUCGCACAAUCGCCUAGAUUUCAAUAAAACUUUGCCUAAAUGCAACUAACAUUGUUGCUUACAAAACAAAGUUUUAUGUAUUCAACGUUAAUACAAUUCAAUACCAAUGUUAGACAUGAAAUAUAUUUGUGGAACGUAUCGUUAAACUGGCAGAAUUUUUAUUAAGAAUUAUUUAUUUUAAAUAAAGAUUUUUUAUGGAAUUAUUUUAAAAAGCAUUUACAAUAACAAAACAUUGUAAUGAAAACAAAAACAUUUAUGAUUAAAAAAUAUAUGAUGUUAUCAUUCAGAGAAUACUUUUUGUAAACUGGAAUAAUGUGUUUAUUCCAUGAAACCAUGUGAUAGUGGAAUAACAUUUAAAAAAAUCCACAUCGAAGUACAUUAUAAGCGCAUAGAAUCGGAUAGCUUUGCUUGUAAUGUUGAUAUUGUUAAAUUAAGAUGACUUAGUAACUAUGUCGUACUCUGUACAUUGUAGCAUGGUACAAAUGUCACUUAACACAUUCACUGCCGCCGACUCACUGUUAGUCCACCUUAUUUUUAUUCCAAUGAUGGCGGUUCGCUUAGCGAAUCACUGGAAUAAAAUUAAUGAUGGUACGCAGUGUGUUAAAAUAAGUAACAUAUAUAAUUUAUCGAGGUCAUAGUUAUUAAUAUAAAAGUGACUUUUGCAUUAUGGUAUUAACAUAAAGAGUAUAAAAUAUGCGUGAAGUUCGCGCUUUGCUUUUGGCAGCGGUUGUGUUACAGCGUCUGGAACGCUCGUGAACUUUACCGUUGGUUCACACUGACGAAACUUACGUAUUACAUAUUGUCAUCUCUUUCAAUCUUAGUGAAAAAAACUGGGAUAACAAUAUGAUUGCGUUUUAUUCGGCAGUUUAAAUCCACGGUUAUUAUGUAAAUAAUUGUUCGAUGUUCGCUAGCUAGAUAACUAACAAUUAAACAGUAACCGUGGGUUUCCGAGUUCAAAAUCUCUGUUUACAACAUACUGUUAUCUUUGUUUCGUCAGAUGUGGAAGACAGUUAUGACUAUAUAUUUUAUACAGAGAUUUUGGUGUCGGAAACCGACGGUUAAUCUGUACAGUACGCGAUAUUUAAGUCGGCACGUCGGGUUAAAGAAGAAACUUUCAGCAAAAACGGCUGUGUUCAAUUUGUAGAGCGUUCUCUCUGUCACACAAUACAACAUUAACUGAGAAAGACAGAGAGAGAGACAGACAACGUUCAAGGUCAAAGGUCAUUUUUUCUCGACGUGCCUACUUAAAUUAUGCGUAUAAUACGAUAAAAAGGCAAUGAAUAUAAAAUAAUGAUUGUUGUUGAUAAAGCGUAAGUACGCUUCAGCUGCAAAACAUAUCUAAACAUAACGACAAAUGGAAUUGCUGUAACUAUAGAUAAUUUGUACUUAAUUAUAGUUAAUAACGAUCAUUGAUGAAAACGUAAGGCACAUUGUUUUGUGCAUUUUGCAUUUUUGUAGGUUACAACGUUAGUAUAUUGAGUUUAUUUUGAUUUUUGUGAGAAUAACCAAAGAAAACUGCGAUAGGAACUUUCAACAUAGACUGCCAAUAACAAGACAAAUACAAAGGAGUUUCUAUUAAAUGUUAGAAAUAUAUAAAAAUGAACCAAGGCUGCUGUUAUUUUAUUCAUAAAUUUGACGCUAAAUUAGCGAAAAUGCUGGAUGCUCAGAUGUCACAGUGAGUUGUCCGUCCAGUUUUAUGCAACAAAUAUUUGUAGUUUUGUGUAAAUGGGAUGUUUAUGUACAUUCGCAAAUGGUACUAUAUAAAUAUCAUAACAACGAGUUAACACUUUAACUGCCAACUCGCUUGGCGAGUUCAUUUUUAUACGAAAAAGUGUAGUGGUGUUAACUUUGCAACUAUCUUUCUCUACUGUACAUAUCCCAUAACACAAACAGUCGGAUUUAAUAUCUAAAAAGCCAAAGAAAUUUCUUGGUAUUUCUAUUCUUAGCACUUUGUAUUUGAAAAAAAUUAUAAAAUAACAACGAAAUCAGGAUACCUAUGUUUUGGAUUCUAAUCUUUAAUUAGAAGCAAAUGCUUUGAAAACAUACCUUAUUAAAUAAAAGCUAACUCAAGGUUUCCACUGUAUCUAUUCUUAUAUAGAUAAAUUACCCUUUGUCAUGACAGUUGAAACACACAAUAGUAAAUACUAACAAAAUUACUGUUUUACGUUCUAACCUGUGGUGUCUAAAAUCUGUGAGUUUCCACUGCUGAAAAACCAUUACAAAAAUUUGAGAAAACAAUUUUAUACACACGUUACAACAGUGGAAACUCACGGUUAUUUCUAUCGAAACUUGUAAAAAAUAUCACUAACGGAUGCUCAAUUAUUUUGCUGCUCAGUUUCUUGUAUAUUAUUUUGUAUAUUUCUUAUUUCUGCUUCAAUACUAUAAACUUUUAAAUAUCUAUUUAAAAUCAACUUUAAAUAUAGCUUCCAUUAUGAAAUCUGAUUCCUAAUUAAUCGGAAUUAUGGACUAAACUUUUUAAUACAGUAAUAUUAAAUUAUAAGUAAUUAAGAUAUAAAUGUAAAAAAAAAUGUUGUAUAUUAGCUUUGUAUCAUAUUUAGAUGUAGUACAUAGGUAGGCAUAGAUGAAAUUGUACAAAUGCAUAUUAU